CCUCAGGACGCAUUUGCAGAAUAAAGUACAAGGCACAAACAAUCCAACACCUCUUAACGCGUGUGAUCGGUUGACACAUUCUCUCUUAAGAGUUUCCCGUCCAUCGAUCACAUACACGUAUCCAUCAUCAUGGAAAUGAAGAAGAUUGCCUUCGUCGUCCUUGUUGCCGCCAUCUGCGUGACCGCAGUCAUGGCCGCAAAGGAACAGCCAAAGCCGACAGUAUUCUAUCCACCCCCCCCACAGAAAGCCGACUCCCCGAAAUCUGGUGCCCCUGCCCCGGCUCCUAACAGUGGCAAAGGCUCCCAUGCACCCACUCCUACUCCCUCCGGAGCUAAACACUCUUCCGCUGAGGCUCCUACCACCUCUUCUAGCGGGGAUUCUACCACCUCUAGCUCGGAAGAUUCUACCACCUCUACUUCCGCUAGCUCUACCUCUACUUCCGAUAGCUCUACCACCGGGGCUCCUGCACCUGCACAUUCCUCCGCCAACACCGUAGUUGGGUCCUUGGUCGGAGCUUCACUCGUGUCCUUCUUGGCCCUUUACAUGCAGUAAAUGACUCAAUCAACUAGAGGGGAAGGAGGAGGAGAUGAAGGUUAUCGGUUUGUUUGGGUUAAACAUAUGUAGUCCUCCAUUUUUUAUGUUUCUUUUUCAGGGUGUGUGCGUGUAAUAUGUAAUAUGUAAUAAAUGAAUUAAAAUUCGCGCGCGAAUUUGGAUU